UAAUGGAUCUCUUUUCAGGUUACGGAUGGGCAAUAUUCGCGGAUGGGCGGGGCAAAUGCCAUCUACCUUACGUAAAAUUCAAAUGAUACUGCAACGAAAAAUUAUUGCUAGACAGAGGGCUUUUGGAAUGAAGGUGGCUGUUCCUGCAUUCUCCGGUUAUAUUCCCGUGGCAAUGGAGCGGAUUUUUCCAAAUAAAUCCUUUGUUAAAGCCUCUUCUUGGAAUAACUUUUCUGAUAAUUACUGUUGCUCCUUAUUUAUAAAACCUUUUGAGCCGUUAUUUCGUGAAAUUUCGGAUUCAUUUUUAAAAAAAAUAAUAUCUACUUAUGGCACGGAUCACAUAUAUUUCACCGACCCAUUUAAUGAAAUGAAGCCACAAUCUUCCGAUCCUGAAUAUUUAAAAAAUACUGCUAAAUAUAUAUUCGAGGCAAUGCAUGCUCUUGAUCACCAUGCAGUUUGGCUUCUGCAGAGUUGGAUGUUUAAUAACAACGCAUUUUGGAAAAACACUCAAAUAAAGGCAUUCUUAACGGCUGUACCAAGAGGUUCGUUACUAGUAUUGGAUUUGCAGAGUGAACAAUUCCCGCUGUAUGAAAAAACAUUUUUUUUUUAUGGACAACCUUUUAUUUGGUGCAUGCUCCAUAAUUUCGGAGGUACUUUGGGGAUGCAUGGUUCGUCUGAAAAAGUCAACAAAGAUAUAAGUCAUGCCCAAUCAAAAGCCAAUAACUCCAUGGUGGGUGUAGGCAUUACACCCGAAGGCAUUAAUCAAAAUUAUGUAAUGUAUGCACUAGCAUUGGAAAGGGGUUGGGAAAAAGAUCAAUAUAAUCUAACAGAGUGGUUUAAUCUUUAUUCUGAUUCACGAUAUGGCACCCACACACACUAUUUGCACCAAGCUUGGCAGCUAUUAAGACGAUCAGUUUAUUCAUACAAUGGAUUAAAGAAAAUACAUGGAAAAUAUAUAAUUGCGCGUCGCCCAUCUAUACAUCUUGAUGAUUCUAUGUGGUACAACAUUUCAGAUAUCUAUGAGGCAUGGUCCCACAUACUUAAAUCUAAAUGCGACAUUCCUCAUAGUCACAUCAACGAAUAUGAACACGAUUUAGUCGACAUAACUAGGCAGUACUUACAAAUAAAAUUCGGGCAAUUAUAUAAGAAAAUGAUAGACGCGUUUAAAAAGAGAAAUUAUGUUGAGUUUGAAGACUUAACCGACACUAUGUUGACUAUCUUAUUUGAUUUGGAAAAUAUUUUAUCAACAAAUAAAGCAUUUUUGCUAGGAAAUUGGAUUGGAGGUUCUCAUAGUUUGUCGACGAAUGUGAGAGAAAAACUAAUUUUUGAGUUCAACGCUCGUAACCAAAUAACACUAUGGGGACCAAAUGGAGAAAUAGCAGAUUACGCAACAAAGCAGUGGUCCGGUGUUGUCGAAGAUUACUUUUAUCCUAGAUGGAAACUGUUUUUUGAUUACCUUAGAUAUUGUCUACACAAAACCCAGCCCAUUAACCUAACUCUUAUUACCAAUGAUAUAUUAAUUUUAGUGGAAAUCCCCUUCAACUAUCAACGGAAAAUAUAUCCGACAAUCCCAAGCGGAAAUGCAUACCAAACAUCAAAAAAAAUUUUUUUGAAAUGGUAAUUCGUUUCAAUGAUUAUAAAUUUUGUUGCGAGUAGUAGAAGUUGUCAACAAUGGAAGAAAUGCGUGUUUCUUCUGACUUCUUGAUUUGGAUUUAUGGAGACCACAAUAGUCCUUAAGCAUGUAGUGUUAAAUUUCUCACUUAUGUUUACUUCAUGGUUUCUUGGAUUGAAUUACAAAAUUUGAUGGUUUCAUAUUUGCUAAUAAAUGUAUAAAACCUAAUAAAAACUGCUUGUAGAUGUGUGCGCAUGUAUGAUAUGAACACAAGGGAUGAUAAACUUUAAUGCUGCUGGAGACGCAUUGAUAAUAAAGAAUAUUCUCACAUAAACAUGCCCUCAGCUGGGGAGUAAAUAUAGAUCACGACAAUUGUGUGUUGUGUUAGGCCUUUGCAUAAGAAUUAGAAAUGUCAAGUGUUGUAAUCUUAAGCAGAAGCAUAAAAUUAAACCGCCCUUUGAGAUAUGUUUUAUCUUAGCACUUAAGUAAUAUAUUUUUUUCUCAAUAAAAUUAAAAUUCAACUGACAAACGAA